GAAGCAAACUCCACAACUGAAAAAAAAAAGACAGCGAUUUAUGAGUCAAAACUUUUCAACAUUUUAUGAAAUCAAUCAUAGAUUAACUAGUAUAUAAGAUGACCAAGUCAGUUAACGUCGCCAUCAUUGGAUCUGGUGUUGUUGGAGGUGCAUUCCUUGGACAAUUGAAGAAUUUAAAAUCAUCCAUUAAAUACAAUGUGGUAUAUUUAGCCAAGACUUCAACUGAAGCAUUAUAUUCCAAAUCAUAUGAACCAGUUGAUUUAUCGAAUUGGAGUACUGCUGCUACUCAAGCCACAUUAUCCCUUGAUGAAUUAGUUAAAUUCUUAAAAGCUGGUUCUAAACCAUCCAUUUUAGUUGAUAAUACCUCAAGUGUUGCCAUAGCUGAUUAUUAUCCAACUUUUAUUAAAGAAGGUAUUUCGAUUGCAACUCCAAAUAAAAAGGCCUUUUCCUCAGAUUUAUCAGUUUGGAAGGAAAUCUUCUCUAAUGCUGAAUUACCUCACGCUGGGUUAGUUUAUCAUGAAGCUACUGUGGGUGCUGCUUUACCUCUUAUAGGUCCAUUAAGAGAUUUAAUCACUACUGGUGAUAAAGUUGAAAAAAUUGAAGGAAUCUUUUCUGGUACUUUAUCUUAUAUCUUUAAUGAAUUCUCCACUACUGAAAAAUCAGAUGUUAAAUUUUCAGAUGUGGUUAAAGUUGCUAAAAAACUCGGUUAUACUGAACCUGAUCCAAGAGAUGAUUUAAAUGGGUUAGAUGUAGCUAGAAAAGUUACUAUCUUAGCUAGAAUCUCAGGUCUUGAAGUUCAAUCUCCAACUUCUUUCCCAGUUGAUUCUUUAAUUCCAAAACAAUUAGAAGGUAUUCAAAGUGCAGCUGAAUUCUUAGAAAAAUUACCUUUAUAUGAUGAUGAUAUUCAAAAAGUUAAAGAUGAAGCCUUUGCUGAAGGUAAAGUUUUAAGAUUUGUUGGUCAAGUUGAUUUAAAAUCUAAUAAAGUAUCAGUUGGUAUUGGUAAGUAUGCUUUCGAUCAUCCUUUUGCUUCUUUAAAAGGUAGUGAUAAUGUUGUCUCCAUUAAAACUGAAAGAUACGUUAAUCCAUUAAUUAUUCAAGGUGCUGGUGCCGGUGCUGAAAUUACUGCUCAUGGUGUUCUUGCCGAUACUAUUAAGAUUGCUGAGAGAAUCGCCAAUUAAUUAUAUCAUUAGAAAAAACGUCUAUAACUUAUACAACU